AUGUCAUCAACUGAUUUCGAUUUCAGCGAUUCGGAUAGUUUUUCAAUAAGUACAACUGAUUCAAUGCGUAAUUAUUAUACAAGAGUCAAUGCUUGGCAUACAACUUCGAAUACAUCUUCGGUCGACCAUAACAGGCGUACAACGACGCCAAUGACUACAACAACUACUACAACAGCAACUACUACAACGGCAACAACUACAAUGACAACAACAACCACUACUACAACACUAACGAUAACUACAACGACAACAGCAACCACAACUACAACAGGAACCACAACAACAACAGGAACCACAACAACCACAACUACAACAACCACAACAACUACAACAACCACAACAACAACGACAACAACAACCACAACGACAAUGACAACAACAACCACAACUACAACAACCACAACAACAACGACAACAACUACAACAACCGCAACAACAACGACAACAACAACCACAACUACAACGACAACAACAACCACAACGACAACGACAACAACAACCACAACUACAACAACAACUACAACAACAACCACAACUACAACAACCACAACAACAACGACAACAACAACCACAACUACAACAACCACAACUACAACAACCACAACGACAACAACAACCACAACAACAACGACAACAAUAACCACAAUUACCACAACCACAACAACAACGACAACAAUAACCACAAUUACCACAACCACAACAACAACGACAACAACAACCACAAUUACAACAACCACAACUACAACAACCACAACAACAACGACAACAACGACAACGAUAACCACAACUACAACAACCACAACUACAACGACAACAACAACCACAACAACAACGACAACAGCAACCACAACUACAACAACAACAACUACUACAACAUUAACGACAACUAUAACGACGACAACAACAACAGCCACAACAACAACUACAACAACUACGACCACUACAACGACUCAAACAACCAUUACAACCACAACAACGACUAAAACAACCACUACAACAACAACAACUACCACGACAAUAACUACAACCACAACAACGACAACGAAAACUACCACGACAACAACUUCAUCUAGUAGUACUUCAGCAUCCACAAUUUCAACAACGACAUCAACUAGUACCUUAUCGACAGCAACAAUUACUUCAAAUGCAUGUACUUCUGGAUGGAAAAGUGUUACUAUACUUUAUCAUUGUAAUAAUUGUCCAGACAUAGCACCAUAUACACAAUAUACAUAUACAUAUACAGCUAUUUCAAAUCGAACUCGUAUUGCAUUUGCUUUUCGAGAAGAUACUGGCUGUUUUGCACUUGAUACUGUGUCUGUACGAAGUACAGCAGCACCGACUGUGGAAUUGAUUGUAAAUAAUGGUUUUGAAACUGGUACACUAUCAUCAUGGACUUAUUGUAAUCCAAGCAGUGCAACAGCUGCUGGUGAAGUAAUACAAAAUUCCGAUAGUUUUCAAUGUAUGGGUUAUACUUACCAAGCUCAAUCAGGAACUCAUUUUUAUUAUGAUGGAGCCGUAGGAAAUUGUGAUUAUUUAAUUCAAAUGUUUACAACAAUAGUUGGUCAAACAUAUACUAUUUCAUAUUGGUUAUAUAAUCGAGGCACUGGUUCAGCUAGUAGUGCUGAUGUCAUAAUUAGUAUCUAG